AUGGUGGCCAUCGACAAUGUCGGGAGUAUUCUCGAGAAAGAUGCUGCUGUGGUUGAUCCAAAUCCCCUGGAUGAUGAUGAUCUCCCCCCUGCGGUUGCCGCCAAGCGUCGCAUUCGAUACUUUGAUGAUGAGGAAGAAAAUUCAACUGGUGGCGGCCCAUCAGGAGGGGAGAUCGGACACCAAUUAAGAAGAACAGCUUCUACGUAUUCAGUUCAUUCCCUCUCCAGUGUCCGCAGCGGCCGCCGUAAUAUCGAUCCAGCAAUUAUCCUCCCCGUCCAGUAUCGCACCCUGAGCUAUAAUAUUUCCACUCAACGUGAACAUCAUGUCGCUAAAGCGAAGGAUGCUCGAGAGAAGACUGCGGUUGACGUUGGAAGUCUUGAUUGGCACACAGUCUCUCCUGAAGAAAUCUGUGAGAGGCUUCAGACUUCUAUCAACACAGGCCUCUCCGCCGCCGGAGUCAAAGAGAAGGCUGCCAAGUACGGGCGCAAUGUACCGUCGCCUCCUCCUACACAACUAGGGCGCAAGUUGUUUGGUUAUUUCUUUGGUGGCUUCGGCUCCAUUCUGCUUGUUGGUGCCGUCCUUGUAUUCGUCUCCUGGAAGCCACUAGGUAGGCCGCCAGCUCCCGCCAAUCUUGCUUUAGCUAUUGUGCUGUUGUUUGUUUUCCUUCUUCAAGCUGCAUUCAACGCCUGGCAGGACUUUUCAUCGUCGAGAGUCAUGAAUAGCAUCACUGACAUGCUUCCUGAAGCCUGUCACGUUCUGCGCGAUGGAUCAAAACAAGUGAUCCAAGGUCCAGAUGUGGUACCUGGUGAUAUUCUGUUCUUCAAAGCUGGUGACAAACUUCCCGCAGACGUCCGUUUUGUCGAUGUUUCUUCGGAUGCCAAAUUUGAUCGAAGCAUCCUUACAGGAGAAUCACUUCCCUUGCCUGCUUCGACCGUGUCCACAGACCCAAAUUAUCUCGAAACCAGAUCAAUUGGAAUGCAAGGAACGCAUUGCACAUCGGGCAGUGGUGUUGGCAUCGUUGUGUCAACAGGCGACAGCACAGUCUUUGGCCACAUUGCCAAGUUGACCAACCAACCAUCAACAGGCCAAACAACUCUUCAGAAGGAGAUCAUGCGAUUCGUCUUCAUUAUCGUCUCCCUCAUGCUACUCAUGAAUACGAUUGUGGUAGCGGUGUGGGCAGGUUAUAUCCGCAAGGAACAUCCCGGUUACAUGCCAGUUGCAUCGCUGAUUGUCAACAUCGUCAGUGUGGCCAUUGCAUUCGUCCCUGAAGGUUUGCCUAUUGCUCUGACCGCAUCUUUGACCAUUACUGCCAACAUCAUGAAGAGAAAUUCCAUUCUUUGCAAAUCCCUGAAAACUGUCGAGACACUUGGAUCAGUGUCUGUGCUGUUAUCAGACAAGACAGGCACCCUCACGAAAAAUCAAAUGGUUGUGACUGACUGUCUUGUCGGUUAUACCACCAUGACAGCUUUGGAAGCUGCUCAAGAUAUUGCAGUUGAGAAAUCCGCUACAUCGUCGCGAAAGGAUGCACUUGAACAGCUGCGUGUCGUGUCCGCCGUUUGCAAUGCCGGCGAGUUUGAUCCAACAACGAUUCACCUGUCUUUGGCCGACCGAAGAAUAAUUGCAGACGCUACUGACCAAGCUAUCCUCCGGUUUUCGGAGAGUCUUGGACCGGUCAAUCAAUCUCGAGACAUGUGGCGCAAACGGUUUGAUCUGGCUUUCAAUUCCAAGAACAAGUUUGCACUACGGGUUUCGUCAACAGAUGACCAGGCUGCAGUUGCGACCACGCUGAGUGACUCGGAAACCAAACACUUUCAUGUCGAGCAGGAUAUGCUUUUGAUGAUCAAGGGUGCACCGGAUAUCUUACUUCCUCGAUGUACCAAAUAUGUGGGCGAAGAUGGAGAGGUACAUGAUCUCGAAUAUGGGAUACGCUCUUCAAUCGAAGGCACCAAAGACGCUUGGUCUAAUGAAGGUAAACGGGUGCUCUUGCUUGCUCGCAAGCCUUUACCGGUAUCUGCCUUGAGGUCAGAUCCCAACGACAAUUCCUUUGAAGGCGAGGUGGUCUCGGAAGCCCAGACCGGGCUUACUUUGAUCUCACUGGUCGCUAUCGUGGAUCCUCCCCGAGAUGAAGUCCCGAGUGUGAUCCAGACAUUGCGGCGAGCGGGAAUCCGCACAAUGAUGGUGACAGGAGACUUCAAGUUGACUGCUCAAGCCAUUGCACGCAUGUGUGGUAUAAUAACAGUCGAUAGUUCUCAGGUGCAUUCAGUGGAUAACCUCCCUCGCUACGGUGGUGCGUCAAGUCCAAAAUCGCGCAAGGCAAAAUCAAAUGCUCUGCCAACAACCAACAAGGCCAUCGUGUUGACGGGCCCCGAGCUUCUCGCGCUUUCAGAGCAUCAAUGGUCAGUUCUGGCUACUGAAUACUCAGAGAUAGUUUUCUCGAGGACCACCCCAGACCAGAAACUGCGCAUUGUCAAAGAGUUCCAGGCCAAGUCUUUUGUGGUAGCCAUGACGGGAGAUGGUGUCAACGACGCACCCAGCCUGAAACAGGCUAAUAUCGGCAUCGCGCCUGUUUCUGGAUCAGACAUCGCCAUCGAAGCAUCGGAUAUGGUUCUACUGGAAUCCUUCUCUGCCAUUCCAGAGGCCGUGCUGUACGGACGCGUGGUCUUCGACAACCUCAAAAAGACCAUCGCCUACCUGCUCCCGGCCGGCUCCUUUGCCGAAUUCUGGCCCGUGAUGACCAGCGUGGUCUUCGGUCUACCGCAGGUCCUAUCCAGCUUCCUCAUGAUCGUCAUCUGCUGUUUCACCGACUGCAUCGCCGCAACCGUGCUCGCGUAUGAAAAGCCCGAAGCAAACGUGAUGCUCCGGCCUCCACGCGACGUGAACAAAGACCGCCUCGUCGACUGGCGCCUCCUGCUGCAAUCGUACGGCAUUGUCGGCCUCCUCGAAACAGUCAGCUCGUUUGCCAUGAGUUACUGGUACCUUGCCCGCCACAGCCUCUCCUUCGGCAGCCUGUGGUUCUCGUUCGGCAGGAUCCCCACCCCGGCGGGCCAGACCGCCGACGACGUGGCCCACCACCUCACCGUCGCCAGCAGCAUCUACUUCAUCACGCUGGUCGUCAUGCAGUGGUUCAACAUCAUGGCCCUGCGCACCCGCCACCUCAGUAUCUUCACGCACCCGCCGCUCGGGAACAAGCUCGCUCAGAACUGGUACCUGUUCCCGGCGAUCCUUUUCGCGCUGACCGUCGCCCUGAUCUUCACCCUCGUCCCCGGAAUGCAGGGCCUCGGCUGCACCCACGUCCCCAUCGAGUAUUGGUUCCUCCCCAUGGCGUUCGGCCUCGCGCUGCUGUGCACUGACGAGCUGCGGAAGAUGUGUGUCAGGAAGUAUCCACGUGGGUUUUUGGCGAGCAUUGCUUGGUAG